GCUUGGUGCAGACAAAGUGCAGAAACCCAAAGGGUUAGCUUGAGGAGUCGGCCAGCAAAGCACCAUUCGAGAGCCAAGUCAGUCUUCUAGAAGGAGUUCGCGAGCUGUUCUCUGCAGCAUCUGUCACCUUCCAGUAAGGAUAUAACUUGGAAGGAGCCUUGAACGGAGUGAUGGAUUACCAGACGAGCAUCAUUCGAGACUCUAAUCCCAUGGAGAACUUGGAGAAGCAGCUGAUAUGUCCCAUCUGCCUGGAGAUGUUCUCCAAACCUGUGGUGAUCUUACCCUGCCAGCACAACCUAUGCAGGAAAUGUGCCAAUGACGUCUUCCAGGCUGCUAACCCCUACUGGCAAACUAGUCGUGGAACUACCAUAUCAGGUGGGCGGUUUCGUUGCCCUUCCUGCCGUCACGAAGUCAUCUUGGACCGGCAUGGAGUCUAUGGCCUCCAGAGAAACCUACUGGUGGAAAACAUCAUUGAUAUCUACAAACAGGAAUACUCCAGCCGACCCUUGAAGAAAGGAAAUCAUCCCAUGUGCAAGGAGCACGAAGAUGAGAAGAUCAACAUCUACUGCUUAACCUGUGAGGUGCCCACCUGCUCCAUGUGCAAAGUCUUUGGAGCUCACAAAGACUGCGAAGUGGCACCCCUCCAAAGUGUCUUUCAGGGGCAGAAGACUGAGCUGACCAACUGCAUCUCUAUGUUGGUGGCAGGGAAUGACAGAGUCCAGACUAUCAUAAGCCAGCUGGAAGAGUCAUGCAAAACCACUGAGGAGAACAGCCGGCAGGUAAAGCAGGCCCUAUGUGAGAAGUUUGAAGCUCUGAUUGCUGUCCUGGAGGAGAAGAGGAGUGAACUGCUGGAGCGGAUCUCCAAGGAGCAGGAAGAGAAACUCGAGUUCAUGCAAAAUCUCAUUCAGAAGUACAGAGAGCAGUUGGAAAAGUCCUCCAAGCUAGUGGAGUCUGCAAUUCAGUCCAUGGAAGAAGAAACAGGCGCUGCAUUCCUCAUGACUGCCAAGCAGCUCAUUAAAACUCUUGUAGAGUCAUCAAAGGGAAGCCAAUUAGAGAAGAUUGAAGCUGGUUUUGAAAACAUGGAUUAUUUCACCAUUGAUUUAGAACAGAUCGCAGAAACAUUGAGAGCCAUCGACUUUGAGGCAGAUGAAGACGAUGAAGAGCUAAAUGAGGAGGAAGAAACAGAAGAGGAAGAUGCUCAGGUGGAAGGUUCUCAAUAACAAAGCAGAAAGUGAAUUCUAUGGAGGAAGUUCCUCAUGUGCAGACUGAAGGAAUCUAGGAUGAUGUUGAUGAUGAAGAAGAAGAUGAUAUCAGGGUGGGGGAUGGGAAACUCAAACAGAAUACCCAAACAAGCAAUGGGAAAAUCAGGGCAAAAUCUCAACUGAAGAAGAAUCAUUUAGAGUGUGAGGUUCUUAGUAAUUCAGAAAGACAACUUGCACAAGACACUUUUAUACACGGGUGCAAAAUGAAAUCUUUCGUACAUUUUAUAAGCCUUUUUUUACGUAACUGUCAUGACACUUGAAUAUUUUGUAAAUAAAAAUAAGUGGGGUUUUUUUUUUCAUUUUUUGCUUUACAGCAUCCUUCCAUGGCUUGAAGGAUGUUGAUUUUGGUUAUUAGUUACAGGGAUUUCUUUGCACUAUGUAGGGCACAGGAAAAAAAGGAAAGUAGUAUUAGCCUUGGCUGUUAGUGAACUUCAUCAAGGGAUGUAAUAAAGAAUAUUAUCCCCUGCAAUGCCUGUAGUUAAACUUCAGAGAUGCCUGUUGGUUUUGAUACUGCAUAUUGUUACAAUAAAGUAAAUCCCAGUUUAA